CCGCCGCACCAAGGGCGGCUCGGCAUCUCCAAAAGGGGCCCCCUCACUCCUCGCUGGGGCAGUCCGGCGCUGAGUCGUGGAGCCCGGCACAACUCCCGCUGGCCCCUGAACGGGAUCCCCUCCUCCCCAGAGUUGCGAGCAACUUUCCCCUCUCCCUGGCGCCGCGGUGGCUCGGGGACCGUGGCCGCCGCAGGUAGCUGAACCCAGGGCCAAGUUCCGCGCGCCUCAGCUGAGCGCGCGCGCAGGUCGCUCCCUCUCCGGGUGCACACUGGGGGUCCCCGAGCUCGGCUCUGCGGGCGAGAUGCCCCUGGGACACAUCAUGAGGCUGGAUCUGGAGAAAAUCGCCCUGGAGUACAUCGUGCCCUGUCUGCACGAGGUCGGCUUCUGCUACCUGGACAACUUCCUGGGCGAGGUGGUGGGCGACUGCGUCCUGGAGCGCGUCAAGCAGCUGCACUGCAAUGGAGCCUUGCGGGACGGCCAGCUGGCGGGGCCCCGCGCCGGCGUCUCCAAGCGGCACCUGCGGGGCGACCAGAUCACGUGGAUCGGGGGCAACGAGGAAGGCUGCGAGGCCAUCAGCUUUCUCCUGUCCCUCAUCGACCGACUGGUCCUGUACUGCGGGAGCCGGCUGGGCAAAUACUACGUCAAAGAAAGGUCCAAGGCGAUGGUGGCUUGCUACCCAGGAAAUGGAACAGGUUACGUUCGACACGUAGACAACCCCAACGGCGACGGCCGCUGCAUCACCUGCAUCUACUACCUGAACAAGAAUUGGGAUGCCAAGCUACAUGGCGGGGUCCUGCGGAUAUUUCCAGAAGGGAAGUCGUUCAUAGCGGAUGUGGAGCCCAUUUUUGACAGACUCUUGUUCUUCUGGUCAGACCGCAGGAACCCCCAUGAAGUCCAGCCUUCCUAUGCGACCAGAUACGCCAUGACUGUUUGGUACUUUGAUGCUGAAGAAAGGGCAGAAGCCAAAAAGAAAUUCAGGAAUUUAACUAGGAAAACUGAACCUGCCCUCACUGAGGACUGACCUUGCUCUGAAAUCCGCUGGCCUCGUUCAUUUUAGUAACAGUUCCUGAAUUCUCUUUAAGAGUUGAGAUCCAAAGAAGGCUUCUUCUUCAGCGACUUGGUGACAAGAACCCCCCCUUACUGCUUGCAUCAUUCACACCCCUGUCUUGCGUAUGGUACUUUGUGUUUUCUUGCCAAGACUGCAUCCACCUUCAGACACUCUUUUUGCCAAAUGAACUCAUUUGCUAACUCCAGAAAUACCUGCAGACGACCUAGCUGGCCAGCAGUCUAAUUGAUAGAUUUGGUAAUCCUGGUUGUCAAAGCAAGAUCCUGGAAGCGCGGGCAAGGGAAUGCAUCUUACUUGCACUUUAUGUACACUUCCUGAUUCAAAAGGAGGAGGUUUGCAAAGAAAUAAAAUGGUGACAGAUGCCACAGAGAGGUAUCACUGAAGCCUUAACAGCAGGAAACGGAAAUUUGUGUCAUAGGAAUAAUUUCAAGAUGUUCUUAAUCCAGGGCUGCCAGGUUUCUGGAGAAUUAUUACAACCUAAUGACACUAUUACCUCUAGAAAGGGCUGCUUAGCCCUUUUAUACUUUCAGUCAUCCAUUUGUAAGUAUCCUGUGGGUGGACACUCCUUUUUCCUGGUCCUGCAGCCUGGACUUUCUGCCUCUUUCCCAUUUUGCUGAAAAUACGAUUUUCUGAUGAAAGAUGGCAGCACCAUUUAUUUCCUAUGUUCGUUUCUUACUUGGAGAACCUAAGUCCUCUGAGGCAGAAACUAGACACUCAUUGCUUUGUUGCUUUGUUGAAAUAAAAUUUGAAUUUAAAGCAAAAGAGGAAAAAAUCUUCCUGGUAGUUUAGAACCAACCACCUCUGAUACUGGUGUCAAAAGCCCUGGGUCUACCUAUGCACAAUGCACUGAUGCAUCUUGAAUAAUUUGAGUUUGGAGAUGGAGUUGGAAAUGUGGCCAUUCCUAUUUUUUCAGUUUUUGUUUUUACUGAGCUCACCCAUCUUCUUUAACAAAAUAAGAAAAUAACAACAACAACAACAAAAAUUGGGUACUGUAUUUUAAAAAGGAAAUGGAAAUAAAACAAAAAAUCCUGAAAAGCUGCCUGGGUUCUUCCACAUUUUCUGUCCCCAGUAGCCCUUUUUCGACAGACUUGACUCUCCAGAUCCACUGUGGUUGGCACUGUGGCCACAAUCCUGGAAUUUGCUAGAACCGUGGUAAGUGCAGAUUCCACUGCCUCAAGAACCCUGUACUGAGCUCCAAUUCUAUGAAAGUCACUCUUCCUAGUUUUCAGUUCCAUUUUCAUAUUUUUAAAAUCCCUGUAAUUUCUUGCUUGAAAAUCCCAUGAAUAUUAAGUGGCCAGAAGUAUUUUGUCACUUACAGAUUCACAGACUUUCCAAGAAAGAAGCAUAUUUUUUGGUGUGUCUGGUUUUGGAAAAUUUCCAGAUAAGGCUUGUCUUCAUUCUCACGACUGCUCUAUGUUUUGUUUUUUUUGUUUUCUAUAGAACUCAUCACCUUCUAACUUACUAUAUAACUUUCUUAUUUAUUAUGUUGUCUUAUAUCCUUCCUGUAGAAUGUAAGCACAAUGAAGACAGGGAUUUUUGUAUGUUUUUCAUCAAUGGAAUGUAUUCUCAGCACCUAAAAUAGUGCCUGGCACAUAGUAUGGGCUCAGUAAAUACUGGCUGAAUAAACUCACUCUCCUGCCUUGGC